AUGGCAACGUAUUGGAUCUACUCAUCAAAUGAGCUUGUUGACCUUGUUCUCACUGCAAAAUUGCUCUCAAAUACAGAAGUAACUUUGGAGGAUAGGGAUCUAACUUAUGAUCCUGAAGUAUUAUGGAGAUCUGAGGACAGUUGUAUAAUUUCUGAAUAUAAUGGAAAAGCAUUAUCGGUAUCAGAAGAUGGUAGUAUUCGAAAGCGGUCAAGAUUAGUACUGACACUUAAGGAGUUAGCUCCAAGAUGGCGCUAUGAUCGUAAUACUUCAGUAAUUUCAUGUGAACAGUAUGUUGGUGCAUUGACUGUAAUGCAAGAUGAAAAUAAACAGCCUUAUCCUGCAUUAGUACCUCGCGGAAAUAGUUUACGCCAGAAUUUUGAUGUGUCAAUAGCCAAGCCUUCCGCUAAUAUUUAG